GAAAGAGAAGCUGCUGCACUUCCGGUGUCGGACCUUAACAGUGUGACACCCAGCGGAAGUAAACAACACAAGCUCUAGUAGCUUUAGCUGUAAGAUGAUCUUGUAAUUACGGAUACUUAUUUAAUUUAUGAUUAAGCAACAAUGUCUUCAGUUGAGUAUUUGAGAGAGUUUGUCAACGAGCGACUAACUGCUGCUGCUGAAGAAAUAUUCAGAGGUUUUGAAAAAGCUAUUAUCGAGUACGAGGAAGAGAUCGAUCGUCAGCGCAAACUGUUGGAUAUCGUUUGGAAACCCGAAAGGUUACACAUGAUAGAGCUCCCACAGCAACAUGUCUGUAAGGAGGAGGAGGUUCUCGCUGACCAGCAGCUCUGUAUUCAGGAGAGGAACUCCAGUCUGGACCAAGAGGACCCAGAGCCUCCACAGAUUAAAGAGGAACAGGAGGAGCUCUGCAUCAGUCAGGAGGAAGAGCAGCUUGAACUGAAACAGGAGACUGAAACCUUUAUGUUGACUCCUACUGAUGAGGAAAGUGAUCACAGUGAAGAUCAGACUUUGUACUUUAAUCCUGACAAAAGUCAGAGUGUAGCAGAGACAGAGCUUCCACCUAGCAUGUGUAUCAGUUGGCUAAAAGACGAAUCUGACUGUGAAAAUCCUGAAGAAUCAGAAUCAAACAGUGACCACCAGCUCCUCUCUCACAACUCUCAUGUAGCUGAGAGCCAAGAUCAGAAAGGAGGCAAACAUGGAGACUCAGGAUCAACUAGUAAUGAAGAGCUGAAGCCAAAGAAACAAAACAGAAGUUACAGUAACAAUGUAAACAACUCUAACUUGUUAAAGAUUCACUGUAAUACUCACACAGGUAAACAGUCUUUUAAAUGUGAAACAUGUGGAAAAGAUUUUAAUUAUAAGUCUAAAUUGCAGAGGCACAUGAGAGUACACGCAGGUGAGAAGCCGUAUUCAUGCAAAACAUGUGGGAAAGAUUUCAGACUUCCUGGUGACUUAAAAGUCCACGUGAGAACCCACACAGGUGAGAAGCCAUACCUUUGCAAGACCUGCGGUAACAGAUUCUGUGAUUUUUCAGCAUUGAAAAAACAUAUGAGAAUCCACACAGGUGAGAAGCCGUAUGCUUGUAAAACAUGUGGGAAAGCUUUCAGACAGAACAGUAACUUGACAGUCCAUAUGAGAACCCACACAGGUGAGAAGCCAUUUCCUUGCAAAACAUGUGGAAAAGGUUACGGACGUAAUAGGGGCUUGUUGCUCCACAUGAUAAGAGCCCACGCUGGUGAGAAGCCGUACCUUUGCAAGAUCUGUGGGGAAAGAUUCUUUGGAGUGCUUGAAUUCAAAAGGCAUAUAGGAGUGCAUACAGACAAUUCGUUUUCUAUUUGAACUCACACAAGUCAGGAGCCACAUCGUUGCAGUUUUUGUGGAAAAAGUUUUACUCAAAUGACAUACUUGGAAAAACUCCCGAGGAUCAAUAUACAAAGGAGAAACUAUUGAGCUGAAACUGCUGUGGAGAUGUUUUCACUAACAGAAUGAAAUACACUUGUAGCAAUAGCUUCAUCUCUGUAGUUGAAUGUAAAAUGGUUUGCACAAAGAUGACAUGUCAAUAUCAUUGUGUAAAGUUUCCAGUCAUAUGACUGUAUUACUUAUAUUUCUGUUAGCCGCUGUAUUUCUUUUAACUAUAAAGCAAGGAAUCUC